AACAAGAGAAGACGUUCAAUUGACGAUUUAGCCGCCCUCAGUCAAGUUAAAAUACCUCUACACAUAAUUUAUACUAUCUCAAAUACCAUCACCAUCAAUCUCUACCGAAACGCAUCGCGACCAACAGGUCCCAAUCCAACAAGAUGGCAAUCCCUCUUCAAACAAUAACCACCCUCCGCACAACGUUCAACCCCUUCGCCCGCUCCUCGCGGCCAUGCCGCCUCAUCCUCUCUCUCCUCCGCAAUCCCUCCACAACCCCCGCUAGCAGCCCGACACAUAUCGACAUCAAAGUCACGCAGCUCCCGCGGGCCUCCACAAAAGAGCCCGAGAUCACGGUGGGGUUCAAGGGAGGAAAGGAAGUGAAGUUCGAGGUCGGGAAGCGCCAACUAAAGAUUGGAGAUAUAGUCAAUGAGAUUUCCCGAAUCGGGAGAGGUAUUGAGCGCGAGGCGAGUUUGCAGGGUUAGUUGUGGCACGACUUGAGAUGAUGGAGCGGAGCGAGCAGGGCAAUAGAGGUUUAUUGCUGGGUCUCUGAGGUGGUAGCUGGGUGUACUUUUAUCUUGUAUAUUUACGAAGCACCGACUUUUAUUUCUGUAUUAGUUCGCGAAUAUACCAUGCCUUUGGCGCUAGGGUAUUAGAUUUCUUGCAUUGGAAUACUUUGUAUACCUUAAGGGGACAGACGCUGGAAGCGAUAUGAAAAUGCGCAAUCUGACUGUCCAUGCGAUGCGGUUUCCAUAUGGAC